UACCAGAACCAAAGCUUCCGGUGCUCAGCUCCCACCGGACCGAGCCGGGCGGGUCCGAACCUCCACCCUCACACACCGACCGUGUGAUUGUUCGGUCGGUGAGGAUGAAGAGGAGCAACCAGAGCAGACGGGGCCUUCAGGACUCCGGUCCGCUCGCCGCCCAGCAGCCGGAGAAGGCAGGUUGGAUUCGGAAGUUCUGCGGUCGAGGAAUCUUCAGGGAGCUCUGGAGGAGCCGUUUUGUGGUGCUGAAAGGAGACCACCUCUACAUCUCGGACAAGGAGGUGAAGGACGAGCGUAAAGCGCAGGAAGUGUUUGACCUGGCAGAUUACGAGCGUUCAGAGGAGCUGAGGAAGGCGAAGAGUCGCAGCAAGAAAAACCACAGUCGCUUCACCGUGUUGCGCUGCAGACAUCGAGGAAACCCUGUUCCUAACCUGGUGUUUCUGGCUGUGAGUCCUGAGGAGAAGGAGUCCUGGAUCAACACUCUGAAUGUGGCCAUCGUCCGGGCCAAGAACCGAGUCUUCGAUGAGGUGGCCAUCGAGGAGGACAGCGCUUUGGCUCAUCCCACCAGGGAUCGAGCAAAGAUCCCUCACAGCCGCCGGCUUCCGACCAAAGGACACCUCGUGGCCGUGGCGUCUACGUCCUCUCACGGCAUGCUGACCCUUGACCUGGUCGCAGAGGAGGACGGCUUCUCCUUCGACUACGACCCGGACGAAUCCUGGGAGAACAGCUUCCGGGUCGACCUGCAGAAGGAGGGAGGUCGUCAGAGAUCCGGCACCGAUGUGUCGAAGCUGCGGGUGACGACCAAAGAGCCGAAGGUGAAGACGAGCAGUUUACCCAGGGGGAGCGAGCGGUCCUGGGGCAAACAUCUGGAAGUCCCCAAAGUCCACAAGAACCAGCAGGUCCAGGUCCUUCAGGCACAAUCCCAGACGCCUCAGCCAGGAAAGAGGUUCAGCAUGCAAGGUCGAAGUCGCUGCGCCUCCAUGGACGAAGUCCUCUCCUCCAGGCCUGCGAUGAUUCGCUCAGAGUUUCGCUCUGCUCUUCGUCGCUGCCCGACUGAAGAAGAGGCGGGGAGCGGGGCUUCGCCGCAGCCGGUGGGUCAGCUGCAGAGCCUCAUCGCUCAGAGGAUGCAGAGAGCUCAGGAGCUGCUGGAGGAGAUGAGACUGCAGGAGCUGCAGAAGGCCAGAGCUGAGCGGGAACGAGGAGGAAGCUCAUCGUACCUGAAGGGCAUCGAAUCUCCUCGGCUUCAUCACCUCAGGGGCUCCGACUCUCCUCAUUCCAGCAGGUCUUCAGGAUCUCCGAGGAGCAGGAGCAGUGACUCCCCUCGCCUCCGGGGGAAAGACUCUCCUCGUCUGAGAGGAAGAGAGUCUCCUCGAUCCAAAGCCAAGAGGAACCGCUCCAAAGGGGCAGACUCUCCUCGCUCCAGGGGGUCCCACUCGCCUGCAGCUAAAGCCUCCGACUCUCCUCAGCUGAAGGAUUCGCCUCAUCUGAGCUGCUCUCCUCGAUCAAAGAGCUCGGACGCCGUCCGCUCACCAAAACUCAAGGGCUCGUCCAUCGCCUUGUCCAACAAACAGGAUGACUCUCCUGCACAGAAGAGCCUAGAAACUCCUCCGUGUCCCAAAGGGUCCAGCUCCUCUCAGGUUAAAAGAACCGAGUCACCGCAGGACAGCAAGACCGACUCCCCCCUUCAGGGGAGCGUUGAGGAGUCGCAGAGUCAGAAUUCUCCAAAUGAGUCUGGAUCCUCUGAUUCCUCGCAGCCCAAGUCCCCUAACAAGCAUCCGCCCGCCACGCAGCUGUCAGAGGAAGACCUGGGGGUGGAGCGGCGGCGUGCUGAGGCCGAGCGCCUCCUGGAGGAGGCCGUGUCGUCGUGGAAAGAAGCGCAGGAGGUCCUGCAGGAGGUGAAGGAGCUGCAGAGCCAGACGCUGAGGCGUCAGCGUAGGAGGACCUACGAGAAGAUGAGGACGUCAGCGACGACAGCCUUACUGUCCACAGCAACUGCAGCGGCGGAGGAGGACGACACACCGGCCUCACCAACGUCCCCCGAGGACGAAGACGAAUCUGAGACGCCUUGACAAAGACUGAAUCUUCUCAGAGGAGGUAGCGACGUUCUUCAGCUUACGCACACACAGGAUUCAUUUACAGCCCCCGUUAUGAAACGGUGGAGACGUUUUAUAAAAUGUAAAUACAAACAGAA